CGACACUACGUACAAGUCGCUACCACCGGCUCGCCGUCGCUUCCUCAUCUCUGCUGGCAUAAAACAGUGCAUCGUGGAGGAGAAAAAAAAGAAAACAAAUCCCGUGUGUUUAUGUUACAGAUAACGGUUUAUAAUGUGAUACAAUGCUCCAAUCGUCUGAGACUCAAACACCAGCAUUCUUGGUGAGGAGGAAGACGUCGUAGUGUUGCAUGAGAAAACGUUGCUGACUGGAAUCCACACAGACAGACACUACCAACUCAUUCCUGGGCUCCUGUAAGAGCCAUCACUUGCUCCACAACCAAAUGAAGCGAACUGCCUCCCCAGAAGCAGCACUCUCAGAGGACUCCACCUACAACUGGGACUCCUGUGCACUGUACUGGGCUCCAGUAGCCCACCCAUGCCUCUGAUCCCCAUCCCACGGCGGGUGCGCAGCUUCCAUGGCCCCCACACCACCUGCAUGCACUCGGCCUGUGGGUCGACGCACGCUUCCAAGCUAGUGCGCACCAAGUACAAUAACUUUGACCUCUACCUGCGCUCGCGCUGCAUGUACAGCUUCCUACGUUUCCUCCUCUACUUUGGUUGCAGCCUGCUGACCUCUCUGCUCUGGGUGGCGCUCUCUGCUCUCUUCUUUUUGCAGUACGUCAGCGUGCGUGUACUCCUUCGGCUCCAGUACAAGCUAUCUGUCAUUCUGCUUUUGCUAGGGCACCGGCGCCUGGACUUUGGGGUGCUUAAUGACCUGAUCAUCUACAGCAUGCAGAUCACCAUGUUCCUGGUGGGGGGGCUUGGCUGGUGCUUCAUGGUGUUCGUCGACAUGUAGCAAUGCGAGCGGCGUAGGAGAUGUGUGAUGUGGAUGCUUCACAUCUGUUACUUUAGCAUUGUGUGAUGGUAUGGGACAACAUGCAGCGUUAGCCUGCAGGACUGCUCCGCAUCUCUCUAAGCUCUAGUCAAAAAGACCCUUUUGACUUCAACUCAAAAUCUUAUUGGUUUAGUUUCAGAUAUGAUAGAAUCCAAUAAGAAUCUGUGUGAAAACUGUACAGUCCUUUUAAAAGAUAUUGGUCCUGUAUAACUCGUGGAGAACCACCUGGUUGCUGAAUAUCAAAAGUGAUGCAUGAAGUCAGUCUGAACAUGAGUCAGACUCGUAGGACUCUCAAGAGACCAAUAGGGUCAAAAUCUCUUCAAUCUCAAUUGUGUUUUCAUGCCAUUUGUAAACAGUUUUCACACACUUUGAAAGGCAUCUUGACUGGAAACUAAUUUGUUUAAAAUAAUGGAAAAUGUCAAUGUCAAUGUUGCAUGGAAAAGUGACUGAACAUAUGACUGGUGUGUAUCAUGGCGGUGUGACGCAAGACAUUUGUGCCAAAAUAACAUGAGUUGAGCUACCACAGAGACUUGGUAACGUAUGGUGGAUUAAGUGACCAAAAACAAGUUGUCAACAGUGUGUGUGUGUGUGUAAUGUGGGCCAGAAUAGGUUUAAAGGGCAUAAAAUAACAAAAAACAUCAACUUUUUUUGUAAAGUUAUUAAAUACAUUUUAUGUUCAUGAA